AUGAAGCGUUGGCAGGAUCGUGGCGAGGUCCAGGACUCAGAUGAUGAAGAUCUCUCACUGGGUGGUGGCGGCGAGAGUCAAAGUCCACAGCAAGCGCGAAAGAGGCCUCGUCUGAGCCACCGCGGCAGCUCUCUGGGGGACGACAAGACCUCAGCUGGAGCCCACGGUGUGGGAGGAGGAGGCAAUGAAGAAGCAGAUGUGCCUUGGCUUGCCCCAGCACACGCCACCGCAUACGGAAAGAGAUCUAGACCAUCCGAUGCAUCAGCACCAAGGCGCGAAGCUCUUUUCGUUGCCAUUCCUGCAGUCUCACUGAAUGCGACUGCGCAGCGACAUUACGACCAGAGCGGCGAUCAUCCUUUGUCUGGUGAUCUUCCUGACCCAAGUCAGCUGAUCGCGGGACGAUCCAAUGUAGCACCUACUACACCGACAUGUGCCCAUGAAACUUCUGGUAGCCUACGCUCUUCGCCUCUAAGUGAGCUUGGCGACACGCCAAGGUCAUCUCCUGGACUGUUCAGCCACGUUGCAUUCAAACAAUCGGCCCACGAUUCUGUGCCAGUGCAAGUCGAGCUCCCUGACGCACGACCAUCUGAUGAUCCGCUCCUUGACCUUGCUGAGCUACUUGAAGAGCAGCCUACCAUCGCCGUUGGCCGAGGACGUACCUUCCGAGCAAGGACAGAAAAGCAACUUCACCCUUAUGGCUGGGACAAAACUUUGUAUCAGCAGCAAUGGAAACAGCGUGGCUUGAAGCCGAUUCGAGUAAUUGAUCAGCGCGUUGCGGAAACGCGUGAUCAGUCCUACAGUAGCGAUGAGAGUGACAGCCAGCAACAACCACUCUUCAGCAGCUCGCCCGUCCAAUCUAGCCCAACUUUAAUAGAUCAAGACGCUUCAGCCGCUAACCACCAUGGCUUCUCCAGUCCGAAUGUGGAGGACGACUUCCCCGACAUCGAUCAAAUUCUGCGAAAGCAUAUGCCCGGCGUAGUGACGAGCGGUCGAAAACGCAGAAAGACGGCGCAUCUCAACAAUGGUCCCAAUGCAAUCCGAGCUCCUUCGAUUGUACGUGAUUGUGCCGAUGCCGAUGCUCAAGGGCUAGAUAUCUAUAGCAUUCCACCUUCGCCUCCACCAACCUCGAGUGGCUCUCAAUCACUGCCCAAGCAGCGCGAUAAACCAGCAGUCUUCCGGCUGCCACCCGGUGCUACGCCAGCACCACUACCCACGCCUCAGGUAUCAUCAGAUGUGCACAGACACAGGCAAGCUGCAGACGGAGACUACGACUUAGAUGAAGUGCCACAGUCCAGGACCUCCCGACCAUCAACCAUAUCCCGAGCAAGGACACGACCUCUAAUGAUCGACUCAAGCACGGAGUCAGAAGAGGACCAAGAUGUGCAAGCAAUUCUUGUUCGUGAACCUGAAGUAGAUGAGCGGCGGUUGAUACGCGAGCGAAAGCGCAUCAAGGGCGUGCUGCCGGCAUCUUGGCUCAAGAUAGAUUUCAAAGCGCAACACCGACAGCGACCACAGACACCUACCCGAGCUAGGAGAGCAAGCACGCCGCCUACAGCAGAUGGAGGCCGUCUCAAAGGCGUGGCACAACGAGUCUCACGGAUCUCGUCAACGGCGAGGCAGCCGCAGUCGCUGAUCAUUUCAGAUGACGAGGACGAGUUCUCAAGUCUCGGGACAUCAAAUGGUGAAGGACUGAGAUCGCCUCGAACUGAUGCGGAGCGACCAUGGUCAGCACUGUUGCAGGCAGACGCCGAUGACACUCGCAUGGAGGGUGACUGGGUUGACCCGAUGCUUGCAGGUUCGACGAGAAAUGCUCCCAGACAACGCAAACCAAAGCGUCGACAGCCUCGCAUUGCCGAUGCCUUUCUCAGAGCGGGUGGGGUCACUACUGAUGUCCAGGAGGAGAGAGCGACGUCUAGACGGAACAAACCCUCGAGCAGGCUCACCGUCAGCGGCUCGCGAAGUGGAGCAGCGACAGCAGGAGCUAGCAGGCGUUCCCGUGCGCCACGUCUUAGCGUACUGGAUAUGCCAUCCCCGCCAUCCGAUUCAGACAACCCCAUACCACAAUUCAUUCGUUUAGCCCAACGCCGAGCAAAACAGCAGACGGGAUGUGCCCGCCACUCACCUUCAAGCAAAGUCAUCAGGCUUGCGACCGCAGAAGACACCGCAGAUGCGGAGACGACCUUGACUGCAUGGCGCGAAGGGACCAUCGCUCCUCGAACUUCGCCAGCGUCAGCCACGUAUAAACCCCGUCUCACCGCAGACGUUCAAGCGGACAUCGAGGGUCCGAGAAUAGAGAGGUCGAGAUUACCAUUGGUAGAUGUCACGAACUACUAUCAACAACGAUUGCCCUUGUCACUCCGUGGAAGGACAAGUAGCACCGACCGGCAUGAAGGUGUGCCCCGGACACAGCCGUCUUUACGCAAACGCCAGACACAUAUAAACACAGUUGUUGUGCGGAGAGUUGACCAUCAGGAAUCCGACAACCAUACGAAGCAGCAGGAGCCGGGACCAUCUGACUCUGCCCAUGAUCCGAGGCGCACUAGUCGGCCUAUGGCAACCAAGGCCCACUAUCGUGGAGGACAACUCGAAAGUCUUGAGUCUGCAUAUGACCAUGCACACCGCGCCGCUGCCUUCGAACGAAGAAUUGCCACACUGACUGAGACAAUUGCAAGAGGCCGACAAGGAACAUGGCAGCCUAUGGACAAUGUCGAACAUUAUCUCCGCCACGAUAUGACUUUGCAGCCUAUCCCUAAGAGGCAUCACGCCGCACGUAGGAAUGAUGUACCAGCAACGACUCAACCUGUCCAAUCCAUCCAACCGUUGCCUGCUGGAGAUAGACAAGCAAUCAUUCGGUCUGCUCAACCGGCUCAGCAGUUACCUCAUCGGCCACGAAAGCGUUGGCCUCAGCAUGUUGACAUCGAAGCUCGCCUUUUCAGACAGCCAAGUGAACCAUUGCCAGACACUAGUACAUCUGAGGCAGUAUCAAUCACUGGCGAUGGCAUAGACGAUGGACUACAGCUAAAAGGUCUUGGACCAUUCGGCACGCGUUAUUCAACAGAUUUCGAUGUCAAUCCUCUACCACUAGGCACCUUCUUCCAUUCCUCCACCUUCAUUGGUAGUGGCGACUUUGCUGCAAGCCUCAAGCUCGGUCAACGCGACUUGAGUGUCAUCACAGGACGCAUUUACGUCCAUGUAGCUGAAAAGGUGCUCGCGUGGGAAGCUUGGACGGAAGAAAUCGCGGCCGGCUUAUCCGAGAUAUCGAAGGUCGUUGCUGAAGCCCUGCAAUCACUGGAGCCAAGCACAGCCAUCGGUAAUGUGACUGGGCAGAUGGAUGUCAUCGCUGCCAACAUCGACCAUAUGCUGCGCUCGGUCAUUCGCUAUAUAUCGAAGUGCUUGGCCUUCCUCGAUGCCAUUGAUCGACGAUCAUGCAUCCAGAGCCUUUACAAUUUCGUUGAGCUCCUGCUGGAGAGCGUAAGUUGCUGGCCGCAGACCAGUCCGGACUUGCUCAAACUGCAGACGCGCGUGAGCCAAUAUGUAUUCGUCAUUGCCCAUCAGGUCUAUCAAUUAGCUCAUCACGACCUUGUGUCGCUUAAUACCCAACAAGCUUGUCGAAGGCUUUUGACCAGGGCUGCCGACGAUCUAGUUCGCAGUGUCUUUCCUGCUGGCUUCCAGGAGCUCAGGUCAAUCUAUGAAGACAAUCGCAGCAGCUCGAAGCGUGAAGCUGGCAUACGAGAUGAUGGAGCGCCCAUCUCAACUGUCACUUUACUACGACACUGUCUGACCUCCGACCAGCCGGCCCAGUCGAGUCUAUGGUCCACGCUCUUCAGAACCCAGCAAAGUAGGACCAGUACACUGGACUCAGUCAGCACUCUAGACUGCAUGUGGUAUGAUCUGUUUACCAUACUUCCUGCUCUGGAGAUGGACAAUACCGGCGUUGCUAUUCCUGGGCGGCGGUUCAGUGCGAAUGAACAUGAUUGGACGUUGCCGAAAAUACUGCUUUCCCGCCUCCUGGAGCUUUACCCGUCUGCUAGUGCGAUCACAAAUGUCGGCAUCAAUGACUAUCUACGAGCUACCCUCAGUCGAUGCUACCUCUUAAUCGAUCGAUGGGGUUGGUGGCGAUGUGAGAGCAUUCUCAGCGUCAUGUUCGAUUUCUUUGCCCGACGAAAUCUAGGUCCGCUGCUAAGAGAGCAGCAUGCUGGAUCGCCGUACUUCCUACAGGAGCUCGACAGCCAUCCUAGUCUGGAGGUACAACCAACCGAUCGCCCGUUCCAUAUCUUCCUAAAGACAGUUGUCACUGGUCUACGCCACAUGCAGAAGCCUGGAAAUUACAGUGACAAGAAGAUCGGUGGCAUAGUGUGGCGCUUCAUUCCCAGCCAUGGACGGACCUACCCAAAGGACGCGGAUGUGCAGGGAGCAGAGAUUGAAGCAUUACGAAACCAUCAAGACUUACUUUGCGUGCUCUAUAAUGCUGCUCCGUCCGGCUGCAGACCACGCGUGGACCUUUUAAAGAACCUUGUCGACCACGCUCAGUCGCAUCGUGAGGCUUGCCGUCUGAACGUGCGAGCAUGGGCGAACCUGAUCAGGUUUCAAUUAUCCUGUGGCGAGCCAGAAGAGGCGAUGCAGCCUUUCACAACAUGGUACGAGGACAUCGUUCAGGCUACCAUGGCGCAGUUCAGGCUGGCAAGAACGGAAGCAGAAAGCGACUAUGCUGCCGCGUGUGCCGAAGGCAACAAUGGUGUCACCCAGAGCACGCUCGAAAGCGUCAUUGCCACGAAUCAACGCCGCAUUGUAGCCACGCUUGUCGAUGCUCUCGCAGGUCUGAAGCGAGCAUUGCAGACAGCGAAGACGACCUCGACCGUUAUCUGCCUCAUACAAGGCACUUCUUUCUGGAACGUCCUGAUGCCUUUCGACACCAGUGAGAAGCGCUUGCUACCUGCUCUCGACGAAGCCCUUGAGGUCGUGAAGGCCGCACUAGAUACGCAGCAUAGCUUGGUGGUCUCAAAUGAGAGCCAGAACGCAAGUGAGGAAAGUCAGGACUUUGGCGACUCGAGUGCUCUCGAUGAGAUGAUUGGGAAUGAGCAUCGAUGCUCAAAUUCUGCUCCCGACUCUGCCAUCUUCAACAUCCUGCACGACCCUGUCCGACAGCUGCUAUCGACAUUAUUCGGUGCCGACGUAGCUCUCGACGAGCUCAUCCUGGGCAAGAUUGUCGACACGUGGGUCAGAUUGGCAAGCGUUGCAGUCAAAAGCUUGCAGGCCACCUGGACUGAUUUCGUCGGAGAAUAUUAUGCGGACUCAUGGCAGCAGUUGAGAAGUACCGAGCAGCGGCGCAGAUUUACACCUUACUUCUACGCUCGAGUCGUGGAGCGCUCCCCGGUCGGCGCCACUGAAGUGUAUGACAUCGCUUUCGGCGUGCUUUUAGUGUCUCUAGUUGAGCGCGAGGCAAUACUCAAGUACCAGCACCUACUCUUGAAUGCCCUACUCAACCAUGCAUCGGACCAUCCUGUGCUCAACAAUUUGCCCUUCAUGCGACAUGCAAGAAACGGACAAUCUGACACAAGUCUCUCAGAACUGCGCCAAAGGCGGCUUGCACUGCUCUCUUGUCUACUAUCAAACAUGCGCCAAUGCUUCGACGACACUGUGUACGAGCACCCAGGCCAAGUACAGCAGGUGCGAAAGCAGUACGGUAACUACCUCCGUCUGCUCAUGCAAGCCAUGAAAGCGAACUUCAUGGAACUGCAAGGUGGCAGCAACAUAGACUUCGCUGAUCCCCAUGCACAAGGUGCUUAUGUCGAUUUCGUACAGCACGUUGUCUCUUAUCUUCAGGAAUACACAACCGACAUCUGCCGGAUCGACGACUUUUUUAUCGAUUCGUCUGCGUUCCCUCUGCCAGCCACAGAUCCUAUGUAUGUGGUAGGCAGGCUGCGCAGUUAUGGUCCUAAGCUGCGUGAUGCUAAGCCCAGGAAAGAGCUCACUGUGUUCGUACAGACCGUGGUUGAGCGUGCCAUAGUCGACGGCCAUCAGACUUAUCUAGUCGAGCAGCUAUGUACCGCCAUGGAUACUGGCGUAGAACGUGGCAGCAAAGUGGUACCCAGCUUGCGUUUUGUGCUUCUCGAUGCGAUUCUGUCGCUCUAUCUCGACACAGCUUUGGACACGGCUUGCUCAUGGCUGCUGUCGUCGCCAAUCCUGGCUGUUUAUGGUACCGUAGCAUCAAGCCUCACGUACAAUCUGGACUUGCGGGAUCAGAGCAGUAUCCAAGCUGUGGUACAGAUCACCUCGACCAUGCUCCGCAAUAUUCGAGUGCCAUUACAGCAAGCACUUACACACCCUGGGCUGCUCAGCUUGCCGCAUGUACAAAGAGUGCUAGCACUGGUAUUCGACAACGUCAGACACGUCCAGACUCUUUGCCAAUAUCUGUGCCGGCGCAGUCCGGUAAACGACAACUUUGCGCAGGCGAUGGAGGAGAUACAUAAGGCAGCUGUUGAGAUAUACAGGCGACUGAGUGGUUCCGAGGAUGAGUGGUAUGGCUUUGAGCCAAGUACAGAAUCGACGGGCAGGAUCUGGUGGCCUGAUACGAGAGAGUUUGCACAACGACAACUACGUGAGUCACUCUGUAAUAGUUGGCAUGCUCGCGAUGGACAGUACUUUGUGCAACGAGGCAAAAUGCAAAAGGAGGUGGUGGCUCUGCUAGAUGAUGAGGAGGGUGAGAAGAAGGCCUUGACGGCUAAAAUCGAAAACUUUUGCCAAAGCUUUGAGGCAAUUUAUGGAGGUCGCUGGCAGCACAGUCGAUCAAACGGAGGAAGUGGUCAGGGACAGGAUGGGCUCGUGGUUUGA